AUGGUGACUUCGCAAAAGGCCGCCAGCCCCUCGGGCCCACUCCCCACGACCAACGAAAAAGACACCCUUGACCAGCUUUUGCAGGAGAAGCCGUUGAACCCGCUCAGCAUCCUCGUCCACGAGCCCAGCAUCAACGAAAGCUCGCAGUACGUGUCGAUCGUCCUCAACCAGCUCUCCAUCCUUUUGGCCACCGCUUCUGCCGCCACCUGGAAAUCCCACCACGACCAGAUCAGGUACAUUCUCUCCAACGAGCGCAAGCACCACAUUGUACACUCGUACUUCUACAGCAAGCUCGUUGCCGUUGUCAAGGAUACGCCUCACACCGCGUCGCUCUCGCCCCCCGAACAGAUCUUCAAAGCGGAGCUUGAAUACCUCGCCAAGGACUGCACGUUCAUCGAGUUCUUGAUCCCCGAGCUCAGUUCCAUUCUCGGAAACAACGCCACAGAGCAGAUCUUCUACUUCAUUGAGCGUUUUUCGAUCGAUCCGGUCUUACUGUUCACAUUUGUUCUGCGUAUAGCUGACCCCGAAUCGCCCGCUGUAAAGCACUUCUUCGAAGAGGCCUCCUCCAAAGUCCCUGCUCUUGUCAUCGAAAGAAGCACCACUUCAGACAGAUCCUGGUGCCACGUUCUUCUCGACUGUAUCUUGAGAUCGCCCACCUACCCAUUUCUCCACAAACUUUCUACCAUCGGCCAGUUCAACGCGUUUGACCUGACCAUCCCCCCCGUUCAAGCCUUCUUCCGCAGCAUUCUUAAGAUGACUUUCAAAGAGCUUUUAAUAGAGAUCGGGCCUGAGAAUUUGUUGCCCGAAAAACUUCUCCCUUCGUUGCUCCAAAUCAAACCAGAAGAUGCAGACGAAAGCAUUGCAUUGGUAUUAGCAGAAGUUCUUAUCCCUGGCUCGCAGGGUCUCACCAAUACUAAUGGUGGGAUCACACCUCUAACCUUUGUGAAUAACUUGCCGGAAGCCAAUGCAAAAGGAGCCCAAUUGCAAGCAUGUUUGAAGAACAUCGAGCAGAAUAAAAACUUCACUUUGAAUUGGUUUGCGAUCUUCUCCAAAGUGCAAGAACUUUUGUUCGAUGCAUCCAAGCGCAACAGCCAACCUUCUGUUGCCAGUAUCACACAGCUCUUUUCUGCGCUUGACUUCAAGCAAGGUCUUAUCGAUAUCGUGUUGAGCUAUGAGUGGUGGUUUGACAAAACACUCUUGUUCAUGUUGCAGUCAAUGUACACAAAGCCUGGUGCAUUUGAUAUUAUGAACUCAAAGAAUCUCACUCUUUGUUACGAAGGGGAAGUCAGCAGCGAGCAUGAACUUUUGAAGUUUGUCAACAUUGCCAAGCUUGAAGUGCAAGUGAUGUCGAAAAUCAACACUCAAUCCACACAUCAAAACAAGCAACAAUCUGAGGGUGAUCGAAAGCUUGAGACUUGGCUCACACAGUUUUUUGAUUUGCAUUGUCGGUCAGAGCCCCAUCACGUCAUUGCUGGGGCUUUGGCAAUUCCUGACAAAGACAGCUACAUUCUUGACCGCAUCGAUCGGUUAUUCGCCUUUAUGAUGGACAGACCAUGGACUGAUGAAAAUGUCGCUCAAUUGGGUAAAGUCAUCAAUAAGUUCAAAGAGUUGGAUAUCCAAUUGGCAAUUCUGAAGCUUAUUGAAUUUUAUACCUCGCGAGUCUCUCCAGAGUCUCUUACAAAGGUGGUGCAGACUGCUACUAGCUUUGAAUUAUUCGACGAGUUGACAAGCAAGGCAAAGCUCAUUAGUUACAGCUUGUAUUUGGCUUUUGUCGUGGAGGCAUCGACAUGCAUACCCGAUACAUCAAGUUAUGCUGAAGGCAUGAAACAUGUCAUCGAAAAUGAUGUGAGGGACCCGAAACUGAAGAAUGCUGUUUAUCAAAGCUUACUUGAAAUAUUGGAGUCAAGAGCUGCUCAAGAUUUCGAGGCCGGGCAGCAACAGCAUCAGCAACAGCAGCAAGGUGCACCACCAUCAAGUCUUUCAAGACCAUUGAAAGUCAGUGUUGUGUACUUAUUGUUGGAUGCUUUGAAGGGAUCGCAGGGACUUGUUGACCCUGAACGUCUCAAAAACUUGCAGUUGUCUUUGUUGACUACUUAUCCUCGUCUCAUCAAUUUUGGAAUCGGACACGAUAAGGCGAUCAUGAAGAACGAAGAAAUGUUUUCAAACUUUUUUCCUCCGCAAGUUGAACAAGAGAUGAAGUCAUGUUACUCAAAGAUGUACAGCAAGGACAUGGACAUCAAGGAGAUCGUUGAAAUGCUUGGUAGGAUGAAAAACAGCGAUGUUCCUCACGAACAGGAUGUAUUCUCUUGCAUGAUCCACUCAUUGAUUGACGAAUACAGGUUUUUUUCGGAGUACCCAUUAACGGCGUUGGCAUCAACCUCGCUUCUUUUUGGCGCACUUCUUCAAAAAGACUUAAUCCAAGGGACCACUCUUACUGUUGCGCUAAAUUUCAUUUGGGAGUCAUGUAACCAACCGCAAGACUCUCACAUGUUCAAGUUUGCUGUCCAAUCCUUGUAUAACUUCAAGUCGAGGUUGCAUGAGUAUCCCAUGUACUGCAAACAUUUGCUUAAAUGUCAGUCUCUUUCAGCUCAUGCCAAGAUGUACCAGAUAGUGAAAGAUGCUUCUAAUGGUAUCCCUUGUCCAGACUCGAAUGCUCCGCAACAGGUAUCCGUUUCAGACAAUCAGGUAUCUAAAUCAGAAGGAGUUGCGGUGAAUUAUAACUCUAUCUCAGCUGUUAAAAGGACAAUUGGCUUUGAAGCUCAAGAAGAUCCAGCAGAAGCGAUAUCUGAUCGCUUGUUGUUUUUUGUGAACAACAUGACUUCAGACAACAUGUUGACUAAGUUGGCUGAUAUCAAAGGGUUGUUUGCCGAAAAGUAUUUUUCAUGGUUUGCUAAUUAUUUGGUGACGGAAAGAGCCAGGAUUGAGCCAAAUAAUCACACAUUGUACACAAGUUUGGUUUUUGCUCUAAACAAUCCAAUUUUUUACGAGUACGUGUUGAACAUCACCCUCUUUGAAGUCGGAAAACUACUCAGAAACUUCAAAGACACUUCUUCAGAGAGACAGCACCUAAAGAACCUUGGCGCUUGGCUCGGCAAAAUAACUUUGGCAAACGAUAGGCCUUUGAAGAGAGAUCAGGUUGCCCUUAAAUAUUUGCUUGUGGAGUCUUUUGAUUUCAAAACACUUCAUAUCGUUAUUCCUUUCGUGUGCAAAAUCUUAGAGCAGGCCAGUUACUCCCGUGUCUUCAGAUGUCCUAAUCCUUGGGUCUUAGGCGUGAUUAAGGUUCUUGUUGAACUUUAUGAGUGUGCGGACUUAAAACUCAAUCUUAAAUUUGAGAUCGAAGUGUUAUUAAAUGCUUUUGACACGAAAGUGAAGGAUAUCGAAGCUUCGACAUUGAUAAGAACACAUAAUCCUAAACCUGAAGCACUAGCUGCGAUGUUUGGUACGAGAACAGAUGUUGGUGGUAUGAUUGAUCUAGCUGCAUUAUCGAUUGAGGGUCCUAAUCAAAGUUUGCAGAUGCAGCAGCAUUUGCAGCAACAGGCUGCAAUGAUGCAGCAACAACAGCAACAGCAGCAACAGCAACAUUUGUCUCAAUUGCAACAUCUUCCGCAGAUCAGGCAGAUGGAUGAUCAUGUACCUCAAACUUCUGUCGCCAAUCAGUUGGAUGCCUCUUUUAGCAACUUGGUGGGAAACACAAUCUUCACUCAAAACCCCAACUUGAGAAGGGCAUUCCAGGUAUCUCUAGCAUGCGCUGUUCGUGAAUGUGCUGUCCCGAUUUUAAGUAGAGUGUCUGAGGCUGUUUUGUCAACCACCGAAGCGUUGGUCAGGAAAGACUUUGCUACUGAAGCUGAUUCGGCCAAGUUUAGAAAGAGCUACCAAAUCAUGGCUCAACAAUUAGCACACAGCAUGGUUGUGUGCAGUGGCCGCAAAAUCUUGAGUGAAGCUAUUGAAGCUACCAUGGUGCAGUUGCUUUCGAAUCAAAUCAAUGCGAAUGAGUUACCUUUACUCGAAUUGAACUCGGCAAUUCAAAGCAAUGUUCACCUUUGCGUUGAAAUUGUGGAAAACUUGGCUGCUACGAACAUUAGUGAAUUGAUUGAAGAGCGUAUGCAUCAGCAAGUCUUGGUUCGUGAAAGGCAUACUAAGGGCGAGCCAUUCCGUGAUGAAGGUGCAUCCACUUACGCACUUCAAUUGCCACCACCUCUUGGAUUGAAGCCAGACGGCCUUCAUGACACGCAGUUGAAUAUUUACACUGGGUUUGGCACGAACUCUUUCAUUAUCCGCGCUGACCAAGCCCAAGGUGGGCAACAAUUACAUCCAAUUUCAAAUGUGAAAGCAAGUCCUUUGAAUCAAAAUGUCCAAGCAAUCCCGCAACAAAUUCCACAGCGUUCACAACAACCUCCAUUUCAGUCCGCUUCUAAGGAACAUGACACGGAACACCAUGAGAUUUCGCAUGAUUUCCAACUCCGGUCUCAAGAUUCUCUUCGUGGAAACAACAUUGACUCUCAGUUGACUCCACAGCAAGUUUCGGCGACUAUCUUGCAGGAAGAUUCUUCUGCAGACCAGCUCUUCAGUUUCAUAACUCAAUUGGCUGAUAAGGCCAUCCAGACACUUGCAGGAAUCAAGGAGACGUCAUUGCAUGAAUUGCCUGCUGAUCAUCCCAUUUUGCAAUCUCUCUCGCAAGCAUUGGCACUUUGCCAGAGCAACGCUGUGAAGUACCCGGAAUUGUUGUUGAAGGUGGCUCAAUAUGCUGUCAAUUGUUUGUUCACCCAAGUUCAUGAGAACCCAAUGAGCAAUGAGAUUUAUGUGGUGAUUCUUGACAAAUUGUGCGAGUGCUCACCAUCUACAGCAAAGGAUGUGACUUGGUGGAUGGUUCAUUCCCUGGAUCAAAGAAAGUUCAACAUGCCGGUGAUUUUUUCGCUAUUGAAGGUACAACUCGUCACCCCGCUUAAGCUUGACAGCUCCAUAGGAAAACUCAUUGCCGAGAGCAACAGUGCUGUAUUAGUCAAAUUUGCCUCAAGUUUGCUUUUAAACGUGUUUAGCUCUGAAGGUACAAGGCCAAUUGCUUUGCGCUCUGAAUUUGCAUGCACAUUAGAUGCCUUGUUGAACUACGAUCCCGAAGACACAGAAGAACAUCAAAGAGCUUUGGCAAUGCGUAACGACUUAUUCAAGUUGUUGAAUGAAUCAAACAUUCCGUUAUCCUCUUCUACCGAAAAUAAGGAAGGGGAUGGAUUUGUUCAAAUGGGUUACAUUUUUGUUGAAUGGGUUAAAUUGGUUGGCCACAAUGAAAACAGCUUGGCUUUACAAAAUGCGUUUGUUGACAGGUUGUUUCAUUGCGGGGUUUUGAAUGAGCCCGAAAAAUUUCAGACUUUCUUCAGAGCGGCCACCGAAAUUAGUACGACGGCAUUCGUCACAGAGCACGAAAUGCGGAGUCGUACUCAAAGGGAAGUCUUGUUGUCUGUCGAUUGCUUGGCACUUUUGAUAUCAAGAAUACUUCUUAGAUUCAGCAAAUCGCACACGGAGGACGCCACUGCCUACAUGAAAAUCAUUUUUGAUAUAAUUGCACUCGUGCUUGUCAAUGAACACGAGGGAUCGAAGUCCACGUGGAACGAGAGGGCGUACUUUAAGUUGUUCUCGUCACUCAUGUGUACUUGGAGCGAGGCAUCGGUUCUCGAUGCCGAUGCUACAAGUCAUUUGGACCUUUCGUUUUAUUCUUCGCUUGGGGAUGUGCUCGACUCUGUCCAACCGCUAAUCUACCCGGGAUUUACCUUCGCGUGGAUAUCCUUGAUCGCACACAGAAUGUUUUUGCCCAAGUUGCUAGAAUUGCCUGAGAAGAAUGGUUACAGCGUUGUAGUCAAGCUUUUGACGUCUCUUUUGAAGUUUCAGAACGUGUACUCCAAAGACAAAUUUGUGCAGCAUGACGUUCUUCAUGUGAUUUUCAAAGCGAUUAACAGAGUGUUCACAGCGUUGGCCCACGAUGAACCUGAGUUUCUUAUUGAAUGUCACUAUCAGUUGAUAACUGCGGUUCCAUCUGUUUACAUCCAAGUGAAAAACAUCAUCUUGUCAGCAAUUCCAAAGACUAUUUCUGCUGAAAGCCCCUUUUCAAGAACUUUGAACUGCAAUGACUUGCCGGGUUGCAGCGAUGCUCCGGGAGUACAAUAUGCACCUAUUACCGAUUUGAGCAAGGCCGGAUUGAAGAAGCCAGUUGAGAAUUUCAUUCGUAUUCCAGCUUCAGCUUUGUUGCGCACGAUCUACGGGGGCCUCAAGUUAAACUACCCAAAGGAGGUUUCGAGCUUCGGAUUUGACUCCGUGAAUUUCAACACAAGACUUGUCAAUGCAUUAGCUUUGCAUGUUGUCAUCUCUGCCGUUGAAGAUAAACUGCCACGAGACAAUUCUUGCUUCAAUUCGAAGUCGUCACACACCUCAUUGCUCGUUGACCUUAUGAAUCACGGCUGCACAGAGUUCAGAUACCACCUCAUGGAUGCAAUCGCUAACCAGCUCCGUUCGCCCAACUGCCAUACCCAGUGGUUCAUAAGCUUUGUUCUUCACAUUUUCUCGGAUGAAGCUUCAUGGAGCUCGGGAGAGAUCCGCGAGGAGAUGGAUGAAAUUGUGGCCAGAGUGCUCCUAGAGAGGCACCUUGUCAAUAAGCCUUAUCCAUGGGGCCUUUCAAUGGUCUUGACUGAGUUGGUCAGCAAUGAGAAGUAUGAUUUUUUCAGCCGGCUGUUCCACAAGAAUACGACGCCAGAGUUGCGGGGAGUUUUUGAGGCCUUGGCGAAGACUGUGCGCUAAACAAGCCGCAAGAGUUUAGAGAGAUCGCGCUGCCCCAGGCCGCCUUCUACGCCCACCAUACUACUCGGUGGUCAGGGUACAAGGGAAGCGGCAUGGUUGAUCAGUGGAAGAAUACGAGCAAGCGUACAUCAAUGAGAGCUAAGUGACGUGCCUCGAGGCGGCGCAAUCAUGACUUCUAUUCGGUAAAAGCACCAAGCGCAACUUAAAAUAGCAUUCGACAUGCC